AUGGCUGGCAUACUGGCGUCAUCCCGCGCAACACCCUCUUCCACAGCCCUCACGCCUCCCCCUCCCCCCUCGCGCAGACAAACCCCCCACAUGCGCCAAACCCUCCGCCAGCUCCCGUCUAAAUCCGACGAUGAAGCGUCCCGCCCGCACAAACACCGCAAGAAGCCCCUCGGCGGCCACAAGAAACACUCCCACCACGAGGGCGCCCGGCGGCGCUGGCGCGAGGAAAUAACAGCACGCGAGCGCAAGCGCUACGAGGGCGUCUGGGCCUCCAACCGAGGCCUGUUCCUGAACAGUUCGUCCCCCGACGACGCCCGAACCAGCGAGCUGGUAGCCAAUGUCGUGGUUCGCGAUAUAUGGGCGCGCAGCCGGCUACCUGUCGACGAGCUGGCUGAGGUGUGGGAUCUUGUUGAUCAUCAACACAAUGGUGCUUUGGACAAAGCCGAUUUCGUCGUCGGGAUGUGGCUCAUUGAUCAGCGGCUUAGGGGGAGGAAGCUACCGCAGAAGGUUGGGGAUAGUGUGUGGGAGAGUGCUACGGGGGUCAAGGUUCCGGGGCCUAGGGGGAGGAAGAAGAAGUGA